AAAUAGUAAAUACCCAAAAACCCACACGAAAGCCCUAAACCCAUCAUCACUGAUUCACUGUGUAGAAGAAAGUCUCCGGUAUCAACGGCCAUGCUCUCCCACCGUCUCCGGCGACUUCUUCUCGCCUUACCUUCCUCUUUCCAACGAUCCUUCACUCCUACUCGCGUCUCCCGUUUCCCUUCCGUAUCGUCUCUGUUACAGCGAACCGCGGUGAGGCAAUCGACGGAACUUGAUCGAUCUCCGGCGAGAUUGUUCUCAACGACGACGAGUCAAUAUCAGUACGAUCCUUACACCGGAGAAGAUUCGUUCACGCCAGAUAACGAAGGAUGCGACUUCAACCAUUGGCUAAUCACAAUGGAUUUCCCAAAGGAGAAUCCUCCGUCUAGAGAGGAAAUGAUCUCCACCUUCGAGCAGACCUGCGCUAAAGGCCUUGGUCUAAGCUUGGAAGAAGCUAAGAAGAAGAUAUAUGCUAUUUGCACAACUAGUUACCAAGGUUUUCAAGCUUCUAUGUCUAUAGCUGAAGUAGAGAAGUUCAGAGAUUUGCCUGGGGUUCAGUACAUAAUUCCUGAUUCUUAUGUUGAUGUUGAGAACAAGGUGUAUGGAGGAGACAAAUACGAGGAUGGUGUGAUUACACCUGGUCCGGUUCCUGUCCCCACUAAAGAAGGAUUUGAUUCUUUAGACAAGGAGAGUGCGUCGGGAGAAGAGAAAGCUCUGGAAUCUCAAACGCAGCCAGAUAAGGAUCUAGCCUCAGAACAAGUGCUGGAUCAAGAAAGUCAAACGCCUCCAGAGCAGAGCAGUUCCAAGCAAAACCAAGUUGCUUUGACUCCAAUACAAUGGCGACCAACCCCAAGACAAUGGAAAGGUCGAGGUGAAGUGUCAACCUCAAGACAGGGGCAAGGGCAAGGAUAUCAAAUGCCUUCAUUUAGAGGGAGUUUCAAUCGAGAUCAAGGAGCUCCCACCUUAGGACAAAGGCAGGUUCAAGGUAAUCAAGUACCUUUGUUUCAGUGGAGUUUCAAUCAAGGCCACGGAACUCCAUUUGCAAGAAAAGUGCAAGGUCAAGAAAGUCAAACGCCUUCAUCUCAAAGGAGUGAUAACCAAGGCCAGGGAACACCAACUUCAGGGCAAGGUCAAGGAAGUCAAACACCCUCCUAUCAAAUGGGUUAUCGCCAAGGACAGGGAACUCAGACGCCUCCAUAUCAAGGCUCACCAAGUCAAGGAGCAGUAGUGAACUACAACCAAGGGCCCCCACAAGGCAAUUUUAACCAAGGGACACGUGGAAAUUACAACCAAAUGGGCAGAGGGAAUAACAUUCCGCAGAGUGGUGGAGACUAUGGUCCUGCCCAAGGAGCAGGAGGUCCAGGAUAUGGACACGGGCAAGGUCACGGAGGUCAGUUAUUGUCUCCAUAUCAAGGGAGUUACAACCAAGGCCAGGGAACUCCAAUGCCAGGGCGAGGGCAAGGAGGUCAAAUACCUUCAUAUCAGAUGGGUUACAGCGAAGCCCAUGGAGCUCCGUUGUCUCCUCCAUACGAAGUAAACUACAACCAAGGAACACCAGGAAGUUAUGGUCAAUGGGCGUUUGUGAACUACAACCAAGGGCCACCACAUGGUAACUUUCUCCAAGGACCACAUCAAAAUUACAACCAAGGAGGUCAGUGGAAUUUCAACCCACCGAAUAAUGGAAACUUUGGUCCUCCACAGUUUGGAAAUCAAAUGCCCCAAUAUCAGUUGAGUUACAAUCAAGGUCAAGGAGCUCCAUUCCCUGGACAAUGGCAAUGUCCAGGAUGUGGAAUGCGUUUGUAUCAGGGGACUUACAAUCAAGGCCAAGGUACACCAUAUCAUGGACAAUGGCAAGGUCAAGGAUUUGCAGUGCCUUCAUAUCAAGCGAGUCAUAGUCACAGCCAAGGAGUAUCAGUGCCUCCACACCAAGGAAUACCAAGCAGUAGCGGUCAAGGGACAUCUGCAAACUUCAACCAAGGGGUUCCAGUGAACUAUAUCCAAAAGGGGGAAGGGAAUCACAAUCUGCAAAGCGGAGGAAGCUAUGGUAAUACACAUGGAUCAGCAGGGUUUUCUGGACAACGACAGAAUCAAACAUUUCCACAGAAGGAUCAGAGAAAUGUAGUAGGUGACUGGAGUAACAACAAUAAUUCUACAGAUGGAACCGGCAAAAUUCCACGUUGAAUAGCAGAGGGAUGUAGGAAUUGUGGAACUGGCAGGCUAUCAUGAAUACUUCUGAUUAGAGUAGCCAUCAGUGUGAAGUUAUUGUCAAUUUAUUACAUUGGUAUCUGCAGGCUUGUGAUAGGCUCUCGGUUGAGGGUAUAACCACUGUGCUGAUUUUGGCUGACCGAGUAAAAAAAAAGUCAUGUUCACAAAUCACAAGUAGCCGUUUAUCUGUAGCCGUAGAGCUAGUACUUGGCGUUUUUAUAAGAUAAAAUACUACACAGUUCGGCACUACGAACUUAGGCCUCAGCCUCUGUUUUAUCUCAUGUAUGUAUAAGUAAACUAAAGACUAAUGACAUAUGUUUUUUGUCGAAAGUUGACAAAAAAACAUAUGUUUUUUGUCCUUUUAUACAGUUAAUUUUUUAUA